UCAAAUCGCAGACGGGUUACAUACAAAACUUUAAAGUUAAAAGAAAAGUUUAAAAUUUGAUUAAAUCAAGAUGUUGCGUUCUUUGUUGGGAGCACAAAAGUGUUGGGGCUUGAUUCGGAGCAAGAACCUAAUGGAGGUGUCUACCAAACAGGUUGGAGCAUCCUUUGCGGUGUCCAAGCGUCACUUCUCACCGCCAACUCAUAUUAAGCAAUCGGCGGUGGCCAACGAAUCCGGAACUAUGGCGGAGAUCAAACAAGAGAUGAUGAAAAGAUUGGGUCUAGAGCCUGGCUACAAUCCGCUGCCAAAAUCCAGGGAACAGUUGCUCAAGUACCAGCCAAAGUUGGCGGAUCUACCUGCCAGAGCCAUGCAGGACUCCUUCACCUCGGCUAUCAUUCCUCUGAGCACCGAUCGCACAUUGCAAGACAAAUAUGUGACAUAUCUGGGCAGCGUGAGAUUUGGCCGGCUGCUGGAGGAUAUGGACAUGUUUGCUGCCUGGUGCUGUCAUAAGCACUUAAAGCUACCCAAUCUCCCAGAGGGAGUUCAUCUACCCUACACCUUUGUGACAAUUCUGGUGGAUCGAAUCGAUUUUACAAAUGUCCUGGCAUCGGGCACUCAAGACAUCCGCCUAUCCGGUCACGUCUCCUGGGUUGGAACAAGUUCAAUCGAGGUGGUAGUGUGGCUGGAGCAGAUGGUUGAUGGAAGAUACCAGAAGCUUACUCGGGCCCUCUUCUUAAUGGCGGCUAGAAAUGCCACCAAUACAGGAGCCGCUCCUGUUAAUCCUAUACAGCCGGCUAAUGAGGAGGAAAAAGUGAUCUUGGCAGGAGGCGCAGACAGAAAGAAGAGACGACAGAUUUUGUGCGCACAGUCAGUCUUUAAGGUGGAACCCAACGAUCCUGAACAAACCCUUAUGUAUGAGCUGUACAAGAGGACGACUCCAAGCAAUACUUUAGAACUAAAUAAGCGCAUCCUGCCACCAAACUGCCGCUGGAUGGAGGACUCCUUUCAGAUGAGCACGAUUCCUUCGUUUCCUGAGCACAGGAAUCACCAUAACCGAGUCUUCGGAGGCUUUCUUAUGCGAAGUGCCUUGGAGAUAAGCUGGGCAGCAGCUUUUCUAUACUGCAAAACGCGUCCCAAACUGGAACACAUUUCGGACAUUAGUUUCGAAAAGCCAGUAAGCGUGGAUAGCUUCAUCAAGAUGACCGCCUAUGUCGUCUACACAAAGCUGAACUAUGUGCAAAUCAUGACAGUCGCCGAUGUUCUGGAUACGCACACCGGCAGCCAGGUGACUACCAACACGUUCUACUACACCUUCUCGGCUCCGGACACGGUUACUGAGGUGCUACCUCGCUCGUACCACGAAACCAUGUGGUACAUCCAAGGUCGUAGGAAGUUCGAGGCCAGCAUGGGCUUGAAAUAGAUCCCUACACACUGCACAUACCCUUUGAUAUUAAACGAGGCUAUCCGUCAAGAUAAUUGCUAUCACUGCGUGUUUAUAAAGUUCAAUAAAUGUAUUUCGUCUGA